GAACUUGAGUCUCCAGACACUCGCUGCUCCUCACACUCACUGCCGGCCUCCUCCCCUCGGAAGCACCCCAGGAUCUCAGCCCAGGCAGGGUGCACGAGCCAGCCCACCUGCCCUCCCUGCCCAGACGCGCACCGCCCCAGCUCGGUCCCAGGUUCUGCUUUCCUCGGCCUUCGUCCCCCAAGCCAGCCCUUGCGCUAGCCAGGCCGGGUGGGCAUCAAGAUGAAGGCGGCCCGCUUCGUGAUGCGCAGCGCCGGCUCGCUGAGCAGCGCAGGCCUGGUGCCCCGCGAGGUGGAGCAUUUUUCACGCUACAGCCCGUCCCCGCUGUCCAUAAAGCAGCUCCUGGACUUUGGUUCAGAAAAUGCAUGUGAAAGAACUUCUUUUGCAUUUUUGAGGCAAGAAUUGCCUGUGAGGCUAGCCAAUAUCCUGAAGGAAAUUGAUAUCCUCCCUGAUCAAUUAGUCAAUACCUCUUCAGUGCAAUUAGUUAAAAGCUGGUAUAUCCAGAGCCUGAUGGAUUUGGUGGAAUUCCACGAGAGAAGCCCAGAGGACCAGAAAGCAUUAUCAGAGGAUGUAAGUGAAGGAAACUUACUUGAAUUUUCAGUAACUGUAAAUGUGUUUUGGCUUAGUUUUGUAGAUACUCUCAUCAAAGUUCGAAAUAGACACCACAGUGUAGUUCCGACCAUGGCACAAGGAAUCAUAGAAUAUAAAGAUGGCUGUACAGUUGACCCAGUCACCAAUCAAAAUCUUCAGUAUUUCUUGGAUCGAUUUUACAUGAACCGUAUUUCUACCCGGAUGCUGAUGAACCAGCAUAUUCUUAUAUUUAGUGACUCACAGACAGGAAACCCAACUCACAUUGGAAGCAUUGAUCCAAACUGCGAUGUGGCAGCCGUGGUCCAAGAUGCCUUUGAGUGUUCAAAGAUGCUUUGUGACCAGUAUUAUUUAACAUCUCCAGAAUUAAAGCUCACACAAGUAAAUGGAAAAUCUCCAGGCCAACCAAUUCACAUUGUUUAUGUACCUUCUCACCUUCAUCAUAUGCUCUUUGAACUAUUCAAGAAUGCAAUGAGGGCAACCGUGGAACACCAGGAAAACUGGCCUUCCCUUACACCAAUUGAAGUGAUUGUUGUCUUGGGAAAAGAAGAUCUGACAAUCAAGAUUUCAGACAGAGGAGGUGGCGUUCCCCUGAGGAUCAUUGACCGUCUCUUUAGUUACACGUACUCUACCGCACCGACCCCCGUGAUGGAUAAUUCCCGCAAUGCUCCUCUGGCUGGUUUUGGUUAUGGCUUGCCAAUUUCUCGUCUCUAUGCCAAGUACUUUCAAGGAGAUCUGAAUCUCUACUCUAUGUCGGGAUAUGGAACCGACGCCAUCAUCUACUUAAAGGCUUUAUCUUCAGAAUCUGUAGAAAAACUCCCAGUCUUUAACAAAUCAGCCUUCAAACACUAUCAGAUGAGCAUCGAGGCUGACGACUGGUGUAUUCCAAGCAAGGAACCAAAGAACUUGGCAAAGGAGAAAGUGGCUCUGUGAAGAGAGUCGCUUGGGACACUUUACGGGAUCAAAGUGGGUCUGCGCCAGUGCUGCUUCCUGAAUGCUUGCGUGUGAGCUCUUGUUUCCUCAGAAACAAAAGCACAAAAACCUGCUGAUCAGAACAGUGGUGCAAAGAGAACGAAGCCUGUUUCUCAGACCCAGGAUGUAGGCGUUAUUCUUUCAACCUGGCCCGAUGUACGAGCUUAUAUCAAAUCCUGAAGCAAGAAAGGCCUGUUUGCCCUGUCUUUGUCAACAAGGAUGGGAAUGCGAGUGAAGUGGAGAUAGAAGCUGGCACUUGCAGUAGACUGCUAUUUUAGGGCUGCUGUUGAUGGCGUAAGAUAUUGGUAUUUAUUGCAUAUCAGAAGUCACUAUGCCAAUAUUUCCCUGCCAUCAAAGGGUUGGGGCUUAGUUUACACUACGUCAUUAGAAAUGUAUAUAACGGUACAUUUCCUGCGUUUCUAUGUUCUCUGGGGAGGAAAAGCUGGUGACUGAAUAACAUUUACUUUGUAUGUUAUUUGAAUGAAGAAGAAUGAGUCGAAACAUUUUAUUUAAAGUUGUAGCCAAGGCAUCCGGCCAGUGUAGAAACUCAGAAGAAAGCCUCUUCUGAUAAAUACUGUGUCUUCAUUAGGCUGCUCUCCUGUUCACACUUCAUGUCAUAAGUGAACACUUAUUGCCAGGUGCCUGCCUAGUCUUGGGUGAGUUUUAAAAUAGGCACUGAAUUCAGGAUGUUGGUGGUUGGAGGGGGAGAAGAAUUGCCAAAGUGAUAACAAAAUUAUCUCUCGCCUUGCUUUGUUUAUAAAUGAGACGGUGGGUUGGAAAAACCAAUGUUAGGGAAAGAAAUCAUGCAUUCAGGACCUAACUCAGUAGGAGGGUCUGUUCUCUCCCCUGCAAUGGUGGUAAUCCAAUGAUGGCAUCCCCUUUCUAGGCUUAAAGAGGUAUAUUUUUGAUAUGUGUAAUUAUAUUCUUUACACUCCUGCAUUAACAUAUCUAUAUAAACAAUUCCUAAAUAUCAAAUGGCUCAAGAACAUUAGAAUUUAAAUACUUCUUGGGACAGUUUUAACAAAUAGCCUGAGAGUAAGAGGUUUUCAUGCCAGGAGGCUUUCAUUUGGAUCAUUGAGACUGAGGACUGAUAAACGGAAGUUGUAAUGCAUAUGGAACUUUUGGGGACUUCAAGUAUAAUAGGCAGGUGGACAGGCCUGUCUAGCACAUAAUUCUCACAGAAUGAAGGACGGGAGGAAGGAAGGAAGGAAGGAAGCGGGGAUGGAAGGAAACAGAGGGCAGGCAUCUUGCUUUUUCG